CGUAUCGCGUCCCCGUGCAUGCAUGCGUGCGGGUGUGCGUGCGUCUCUCUCUCUUUUUAAGUGUAUACCGCGAUUUUGAUCGGAGUCUCGUUGGUGGUGCCGUAUUCGUUUGUAACAUCCUCGAGAGAUUAUCGAUAAUAAAUAACAAUAAGAAAGAGCUGGUGUUCCUCUCGGGUUCCUUUAUCGUGUCGACGUCUUUUAAAGCACGUUCCGUCGUAUAUAUCACGACUAUUGGCGGCCGGCAGUGGCCGAGGUCGUCGGCUCGCGGCUCCGGUGCGUGAACGCGCGUGCAUGUGGUACUAGUAUCGCGACACGGUGCUUUUCACGAUAAUCCAAAUGUUGUCGUCGGAUGCGACUUUGGAUCGUCGUUCUCAUAACGAACGUGGACCUUUUCGUACUCGUCGACGUAGUAGCGAGUUGAUCGUCGUCGCUUGACAACGCGGUAAGAAAGGAAGAAGAAGAUCUUUGUGAGAAAAAAGUCGAAGAAAACGACGACAACGAAGAAGACGAAGAAGAAGAAGAAGAAGAAGAAGAAGAAGAAGAAAAAGAAAAAGAAGAAGAAGGUGAACGUUCGACGAGAAAAUAAGAAAGAAAAAGAGAAGAAAGGAGUCUCGUUGGCGAAUUAAUCGCAUCUCUUAUUCACGUUCGGUUAAUAUAUACACACACACAUAUAUAUAUAUAUAUCUCAUUCUCUCUCUCUCUCUCUCUCUUUCUCCGGCAAGUCUAAGCGAGCCGCGCGCGCGUCGCGGUGCCAUUUUGGCAAAAUGAAAAUAAUAACGGUUAGGAGGCAGAACGCAGGGUGUGCAUCACCGGCAUCGCUUAUUCUCUUCCUCCUCCUCGGGAUUUUAUUCGGCGGUUGCGUCGACGCCGUUCUAUCGCGUUUACCGCGUUCUCUCGACCGUUCGAAAAACGAGACCGAUUGCGAACAAGUCGCAGCCUUCUUCGAGAACGAGAACAAUGUCGUAGCGAGGUUGAUAACUACGAGGCCGGAAUCUGGGACCACGUCUCCUAUAUCUAAGACGAUAUGUGACGCCCCAUGCUGUGGACACGAAGUCGAGGAUCAUUUGAGACACAAAGCCGGAAGGGAUUUUCACAAUUUGAUUCAUCAUCACAGCAGGAGUCUUCAGGGACUUCUUGCGACGACUGCUGAUGCAUUGAGAGAAACCGUAACGACAUUGGCGAAGCAGUCGGAGAACAAGACCCUGACCCUCUUCGAUCAAGUAUACCGAUCGAUGGCAGCUCAGAGUAAACCAUCGAUCAGAGCACUGUACCAAGCUAUGAUAGACUACGUGUCACCUAGUAACACGCCAGACAGUUUGCAACAGCCAUUGACGCGGGAACUUCUUCACGAACGUUUCCUCGAGUUUUUCUCACGAUUGUUCCCGGUUGCUUAUCAUCACGCAGUUAAUCCAGGAAAGGACGAUUUCACGGAUAAAUUCAAAUCUUGCCUCUACGAAACGAUCGACGAGGUCCAACCGUUCGGUGACGUACCAAAACAAAUUUCAAGGGUCGUAGGAAAGAGUCUCGAGGCUACGAGAGUUCUUAUCCAGGCGUUGACGCUCGGCAAAACCGUCUUAGAUAGAACCGACAGCGCUUUAUUUUCUGGCACCAGUCCACAACAAGAAUCAUGCUACAACGCCCUACUUAGGAUGACCUAUUGUCCACGUUGCAACGGAAUCGGUGCUACUAUAAGACCUUGCAGUGGAUUCUGCACGAACGUUAUGAGAGGAUGCCUGACGGAGUCGGCAUCGGAGUUGGAUCUUGCGUGGUCUGGUUACGUGGAAACGGUCGAGAGGCUCGUCGUAGCGGUCGACGGUCGUAACGAUCCUUUGGGUCUGAAUGCCGAGAGGGCCGUCAGACAAUUGGACACCCGCAUUUCGGACGCCAUUAUGCACGCGAUGGGGAACAGCCGAGCUCUCGAGGAGAAGGUACGGAAAUUGUGCGGUCGUUCGGACGUCGAAUCGCCAUCGUCUGAAAUCAGUGGAAUAACCGAAGAUACGGUUGAAAGGUCAUCGGAGGCCAGUCUUGAGAUGCAUGCAGCUGCACCGCCACCGUCAUCGUCAUCUACCACGCACAGAACACUUCCCACCAAGUUGCACACCCAAUUGGGAAAUUUCUUGGCCAGCGUGGCCAGAUCUCGCACCUUCUAUGGCACCCUAGCUGAUACUAUAUGCGAGGAACAUCCCGAUAAACAUUGCUGGAACGGUGAACGAGUUGGAGAAUACUCGAAGACCGUGGUCGAUUCCAGUCUAAGUGCACAGAGGUACAAUCCGGAAUUCACGGUGACAACGGCUUCGUCAACGGCUUCCUACGGCAAUACGAACACCAGCGUACUCAUUGACCAAUUGAGGCACAUUAAUCAGAUAGUGCAGUCGCAAUUGGCAUUGGCACCAGAUGGAGGAACUCCGCUUGCCGAAGAAGCUCAUGAUGGUUCCGGAAGCGGAGACAGACCUGGUUGGAGAAACAAGGGUGAUACAAUGGAUACCGAUGACGAGGAUUCAACGGAUGACGAUCGAGAGGACGAAGAAAUCUCUGGAUCGGGAAUGGGACCACCUGCUGCGCCAGAUCCAUCGGUGAAGACCAAUCGAGAAUUCCGCCCAACAUUAGCCUCAUCGAGCAUGCUGAUGCCAUCGUUGUCGUUGAUUCUCGCGCUCGGCAUGUUAGUUGCCUAAAAAGAAAGAAAGAAAAAUGAAAAAGAAAAAAAAAGAAAAAAAAUCACAAAAAAAAUGAAAAAGAAAAAAAUGAUUUCCUGUUUUCGAAAGAAGAAGACGAAGCUCCCAUAUUAUUGGUGCGUCGACGAAACGAUUUUCUCUUCUCCAUCCUCGAGACAGUGAAAUCGGUUGAGGAGAGAACGCAAAAGAGACGCCAUGUUGUGUAACGCGAUUCUUUCUUUCUCUGUAUAUAAGAAUAUAUAUAUAUAUAUAUAUAUAUAUAUAUAUAUAUAUAUGUAUGUAUGUAUGUAUAUGAAGAGAAAGAGAAAGAAAAAAAUAUAUAUAUAUUUUUUUUUCUUUUCGUCCUGGGCAAGAAAUUAGAAUGGACGAGAGAGAUUAGUGACUAUUAGAAAAUGGACGCCAUCUUUUUCGAUGAUAUCUUCGAUAAAAGGGUGUCGAGGGGAAACGAACGAAUGGAAAAAAAAAAAAGUGUCAUCGGUCGGUGUCGUAACUCGGGUCUCGAGGGGAGAAUAAAUGAAAAAAAAAGAAUUGAGAAAAUAAAUAAAUAAAUAAAUAAAAAGAUAAGAAGAAGGGGAGGAAGAUGAAGAAUAAGAAGAAAAAACGAAACAAUACGAAACGAAAAAGGAAACGAAAUGAAAUGAAUGUGUAACGAAAUGUAAUGAAAUGAAAUGAGAUGAAAUGAAAUGAAACGAAACGAAACGAUAUGUUAAGAAAAGAAAUCGGUCGAGUUAGCGGCAUUACUAAGCACGUAUGUAUUUAGAAAAUUUAGUUGGCGAGCGGUCGCGAGGACGUAGCGUUUGAAACUUUGCCAGAUGCAAAGCCAGACUAUACGACGACACGUAGAAAUCGUACGACGAGUUGCCGAAACGAGGAGUAACGAGGAAAACCAUCCGAUAAAACCAUCAGAAAGUCACCGUCGGAGAGAACGCGUUCUUGCGCGCGCGCGCGCGCGCAUGAGAGAGAGAGAGAGAGAGAAAAUAUAUGGGUUGAAAAGAAAAACGAUAUUUGGAAGAACGUUACUCCUUUCUCACCACUUCUCUCGAGAAUAUUUCAAACUUUUCCAACGAUUUAUCGCUUUAUUCCCUUUUAUUCUUGGACAAAAUAUUCUUUCCCUACAUUUACGCGAUAUAAUCAAAGCCAACACGUCGCUUAAACUAAAUCUAGCUAAAUAUUUCUUUUCUGUUUUUUCUUUUUUAGUUGGUUUUGUUUUUUAUUUUCUUUUGUUUUGUUAAUGUUGUCGUUGUCUUUCUGAUCUUAAACAUAUUUUACUAAAUUUUUUGUUACGACAAUGUUGAUCGUUAAAUUUCUCUUUUUUCACUUUUUUCCUAUAUAUAUAUAUAUGUAUAUAAUAUGAAUACAUAUAUUUUUUACGAUCUCUCCUUGAGAUUCGAGAUCGAUAAGUCGUUUAUAAUGUACGUAUACGAUAUAUAACGUAUAUAAUAUAUAAGGACUUUUUUUUAUAUAUGUCCAACUUAAAUCUUCUCGCAAGACUAAUGGGUUAUUUAAAAUGUAUUCUUUCUAUUUCUAAUCCUAAAUUUUUAUAUAUAUAUAUAUAUAUAUACCGGAUUUAAAUCCAUACUUUCUUUUUCUUUUUUCAUUCUUUUUUCUUCAGCGAUCUCUCUUCGCAAGACUAAUAGGUCAUUUAAAAUGAUGACUAUUUACGGUGAGCGUAAUCGAUUCGUCGUGGUUUUCCUCGUUUAAAGCUCGUCCCUCGUUCCGGCGAACGCAUUUCAUUCAUUCCGUUGCUCGUCGUAAAUUAGAAGAAAAAAAGAAAAAAGAAAGAGGGAAAGAAAUAAGGAAGGAAGGAAGCAAGGAAAGAAGGAAGAUGAGUCGUCGCUCGCUCGUGACGAAGUCGUCGUGAUCGAUCGAUCGAUCGUGCGAAAAAAGAUCCCCAGAUCAUCGACGACGUUCGUUGGUGUGAUAUCGCGUAUGCCAUAUACAUAUACACACGUGUCGAAUAUUAUAAUAAUUGUAACUAACGAAUAUACAUAUACGAACGAUAGAAACAAAGAAAAAAAAAAGAAAGAAAGAAAAAAAUGAAGAGAGAAAGAGAUGGAAAAAGCUGAAACACCGGAUGUCGCGUUAAAUAAUUAAUUAAUUAAUUAAUUAGUUAAUUAGUUAAUUAAUUAGAGAAAUAAUGAAUAAAUAAAAAACUAGCUUCGUUCAUUCGCGAUAAACAUUUCGGAGAGCGAGUCGAAUCGACAUUUUCAUGUAUAGUUACAUAUAUUAUGUAAACAUACAUUAUAUAGGUAUUGUAUAAUAUAAUAUAAUAUUGUCAUUUCUACUCCUCGUGUAUUGAUUAUUCGCGAUAAAGUAUAAUAGAAAUUUCACAUUUUUUUGCUAAUUGGUACGCCUUCUUAUAUGGGUAUUCCUCGCAUCAUCUAAUUCAAAAUCUAUUUGGAAACGUAAACGACAUGGGGAAAAACGUAUUUUACAUGGAGAAGUUCCUAAAUUUGUUGAAAACGUUCUAAUGAGAUAUUAUCGAAAGUAUCAAAAAGGAAAAAUAGUUAUCGGCGAAUUUCGCCUCUCAGCGAGAGAAAUAAUAAUAAUAAUAAUAAUAAUAAUAAUAAUAAUAAUAAUAAUAAUAAUAAUAAUUAAUAAUAAUAAUAAUGAUAGUAAUAAUAAUAAUAAUGAUAAUGAUAUAUUAUUAAUAUUAAUAAUAGUAAUUAUAAUUAUAAUUAUAAUAACAAAAAUAAUAAUACAUAUAAUGAUUUCUACUCGUAUUAUACGCGCUAUCGAAAUACAGUAUCGUUAAAGUUUUCAAACUCAAGAUCACCGUACUAACGAACAUAAUUACGAUUUUCUUUUGAUCGUUAAUAAAUAUCUAUAAUAGUCGUUAAAUAAACGCUAUUGAAAUUCUUCGCUGUAAAAUUGUUACGUCGAACCUUACGUACGACGAGCCUUCGACGUGAGAGGACGAAAUUUUCUAAACGCUGAAAAGGAAAAAAAUAAAAAAAAAAAAAAAGAAGAAAAUAAAGAAAAUAAAAAGGCAAAGAUAAAAUAAAAGAAAUAAAUAAAGAAUUAAAUAAAUAAAAAAACGAAUCCGAAGACUUUGAAAACGUGUGAAAGUAUUAACGUUUAAGAAAGGACCAUCCAAAGGAGUAUACGAGAGGAAAUUAAAAAGGGGUAAAAAAGAAAAACCAAACAAAAAACAAUAAGAACGAAGCAGAGGCAUUUGAAAGGGGAAGAAAAGUUAUUAGUAAAUAAAUAAAUAAAUAAACAACUAAAAUAAAUAAAUAAAUAAAUAAAAAACAAACCGAUUGUGUACUUAACGAAUGUCGUAUCGCGACGUUCGUUGCAUCGUUAAAAUACAUUCGAAAAUACGUGUUAUUAUUAUUAUUAUUAUAUGCGCAUAUUCGAACGAUUCUACAAAUAAGAGAUGCCGAUACGAUGAUAUACAGAAAUAAAUAACGUCUUUUAUUAAGUAAAUACGAUUUGUCGUGACGCUACCCUUUAUACCUACGAGUAUACUCACAAGACUGAAUAUAUAUCCCAUGGUACAGAAGAGAAAGACAGAGACAGACAGAGAGAGAAAGAG